AUGGUUAAAGGAAGCGGCGGUGGAUCGAAAGGCGGCAGCUCAGGAGCAAAGGGAUCCAGCGGGUCCCAUGCUGGUGGAGGCAGCGGAUCCCAUGCGGGUGGAGGCAGCGGAGUCACCCAAGCGGCGACAGACAAUCGCUCGAAUCAGCUGAACCCGAACAACCCGACAUACUACUCGUCGCGCGCGUAG